AGAGAGAACUUGUGACUCAAACAGUUUAUUUUGUUGCUCACAAGCGGGAGCGGACAAAGGCCUCAGUUUUCAAAUGGAUCUCGCUGUUCAUUCUGCAGGGCUAGGGUUAGCAUCUUUCUCAAAGAGUAAGAGCUGGAUUCUAACUCCUCUUUGAUUUGGACAAUUACAUGUUUAAACCUUUCUUUUCUUAUGUCGCUUCGGUCUUUAUUGCGAAUAUAAAGUUCCAAGCUUUAUGAAAUUUAACUGAGGGUAGUUGUUGAUGAUGAAACGCAGCGUAAUCAUCAAAAGAAUUUAAAACCCAUUAAAAGCUAGAUGGGAAUUACUAUGUUUUUCAGGAUGAUUUAUAAAAGUGGGUAGCUUGUGUUUCCCAUUAAAAGCAAGAUGGGAAUUACCACGUUUUUGAGGAUCAUUUACGAAAGUGGGUUGCUUGUGUUUUUGGUUAAACCCACCAUACACCAUUGAUUGUAACAUUUAUGAAGAAGGUCCAUGUCAAUAAGGCAAAGAUGGUUGCUUGUUUUUUGUUUUCCAAAACAAUUAUGGUUCUUGUUGUGGGUAGUGAAGGGAAUUAGGGAAAUGCAACAAUGGGGACAUCCAGAGUUAAUGUUAGUUGGAUGUUUUUUGGGUUUGAGAUCACUUCUUUAAUGCUUUGUGUCUGUUGGUGGUUUAGAACUUGCUACCUCUGGUCAUUAAAGCAUUAAGUCUUCUGAAUUUUGGAAGUUGAAGUUCUUGCCCUAGGUAAGUGAAUUUCGUGGUUUCAUUAUUGAGAAAAUUUUGGGGUUUGGUGAUGAUUUAUCCACAUUUUAGAAAGGCCCCAUUUUGUUGAUUUAAUCAGUGUCCGGUUAAACCCAUUGCUGGAAUUAGAUUGCAAUUACCUAAUUUAUGUAAAGGAUACUUGUGAGUCUUCAUUUUGGCCUAUUUUUGUUUGUUUUGAUCUGGGAGGCAUACAUUGUUGGAAUUCGUACAUACCUGUUUCUCUCUCUCAUACAUUCUGUCACCACAUCCACAGCAUAUGGAGAUCUCUACUACCAGAUAACAUGUUCUGAUUCAAUAGCCUUGUCUAGCUUUCUGACACCACAACUAGAUUUCUAUUCCUUUCUGAAGCAUUAUCAUUAAAGAAGGAAAUCUUAAUGAGAUGAAAGGAAAUCACCUACUAUUUGAAAUUGGAAAAUCUACCAAUAUUCACCAUCACCUUAAUCCUACACUAAUUUAUCUGUAUGUUGUAAUUUUCUUCAAGUAGAGUCCUUACCAACAGUGUCAAUGUCACAACCUGAAAUCUUCUACCGAGACAAGUCUUGUUAGGGAGUUUAGCUCUGAUUUUCUCCAUGUUCUUUGGUGAAACAUGAAUUUAUUUCUGAUUAUAUGGCUUCUACUCUAAUAACCUAAUUGCUUGAGU